CCGCGCUCCUGCAUGUGUGUUUCAGCUGAAGAAAGUCAUCUUUAACAGGACAAAGCUUCCAAACACCGGGGGAAAAAAACUCCUUGUGGAGCAACUGAGAGCCACGUGACACUACCACAAAGAUGGUGUUUAUUAAAGAGGAGAGUGAAGACAUGAAGACUGAAGAAACAUUCAGAGUCAAACAAGAAGAUACUGAGGAACAAACAGACGUGAUGACACUGAAAGAGGAGAGUGAAGUACUGAAUGACAUGGAAGAUAAAGAUCAUGAUUUCAAAAAUGGAGAAAAAUCUUUUAAUUGUUCACAGACCGAAAAAACUUCCUCAAGGAAAAUGGCUCACAAGACAGGAAGAAGACAUUAUUUCACCUGCCAACAGUGUGCAAUAAGUUUCACUCAAAAAGGAAGUCUUAACAGACACAUGAGAGUCCACACUGGACAGAAGCCUUACACCUGCUCUCGGUGUGGAAACAGUUUUGAUCAACAUGAAAACCUUGAAGUCCAUGUGAGAACUCAUAGAGAGAAACUGUACACAUGCCCUCAGUGCGGAAACAGUUUACAUCAAAACCAAAACAUUGAAGUCCAUAUAAGAAUUCACUCUGGAAAGCAACCCUAUACAUGCCCUCAGUGCGGAAAGAGGUUUAAUCAUAAACGACGCUUUGAAGACCACAUAAGAAUUCACACAGGAGAGAAGCCUUUCACAUGCCAACAGUGUGGAAGAAGUUUCAAUCAAAAAGGAAACCUUGACAGGCACAUGAGUGUUCACGCUGGAGAAAAGCCUUACACCUGCCAACAGUGUGGAAGAAGUUUCAACCAGAAAGAAAAUCUUCAUUGCCACAUGACGGUUCACACUGGAGAGAGCCUUUUCACCUGCCAACAGUGUGGAAUAAGUUUUACUCAAAAAGAAAGUUUUAUCAGACACAUGAGAACUCACAAUGGAGUGCAGCCUUUCAUGUGUGAUCAGUGUGGAAAGAGUUUUGAUCAAGAUGGAAACCUUCAAGUCCACAUGCGAACUCAUAGAGAGAAACCCUACACAUGCUCAGAGUGUGGAAAGAGUUACUGUCAAAAACGACACUUCGAAGACCACAUGAGAAUUCACUCUGGAGAGCAAUCCUACACAUGCCCUCAGUGCGGAAAGAGGUUUAAUCAUAAACGACACUUUGAAGACCACAAAAGAAUUCACACAGGAGAGAAGCCUUUCACAUGCCAACAGUGUGGAAGAAGUUUCAACCAAAAAAGAAACCUUGACAGGCACAUGAACCAUCACACUGGAAAGAAGCCGUUUAUAUGUGGUCACUGCGGAAAGAGUUUCAUUAAUAAAGCAGCACUUAAAUACCACAUGAGGUUUCACAAAUGAGAGAACGUGAGUCAUGUAAUAACACCAGAGGCAAGCCUUAACUGUGCCAUUACUGUGGAAAGACUUCCACAAGACAAUCAAAAACAAGACAAUCUUGAGGUUCACAGAAGCACCCCUGAUAUAAUUCACAAUACCUGAGUAGCAGAUUUGGGCUUUGCUUACACCUGGGUUUAGACUAUGUUUUGGUUGAUCAGAUCACAAAUAGAUUGUCUCUGUACCACUGUCUCUUUUGUCCACUUUCAACCACUUCUCUCUAGAGCUGUAAUCAGGCCUUAAAGUUAGGCCCGACAGAAUUCGGCCCGAGCCCGACAAGUAUAUUUUGAUUGGCAGCUUUUUAAAAGCCCGAACCCGUUUACAGCCCGACAUUAUUCAAAUGUGCGCAAGCACACAGCUCUUUUGCCUUUUGUCUUUUGUCAAGAAUGAGUCAUUUAUACAUGUUUUAACAAUUUAUUAAUGACUAACGUCGGCUAUAGGCCACUUGGACGUUGGAACAAAGAAAUAAAAUAAGUCCUCUGUAACAUCGUAACAUCUUCUCACUCUAAAUAGGCGUACACUUAGCCUAUAAAUAAGCCAACGCGCCAAUAAAAAUGCUUCUUUCUUAACAAAUUAAAUUAAGAUAAGUUCUAAAUUAAGAUGGGUAUUUGGCAAUAACGAAAUUUAAGAUAAAUGCUCCGCGGGAUUUGCUUCGCCACUUCUCUCCACAAUCCGGCCUCAACGCGACGGUGAAUAGCAUCUGAAAUGUAAUAAGAGAACAAUGCCAACGUUAGCCUAUAUACUCUGUCUACAUUAUGCAUUUAAGACUCAAUUAAUAUUUAGUUAUAUUUGAAAAACCUUUACUCACCAAGAUUAGGCUACAUGUUUUUGUGGAGGAAAAUGAUUGAAUCCACUGUAGUUUCAGCGCGGUCCUGCGCUCACCGAUGGUGCGUCCAGCAGCACUGAACACCCUUUCACUGCUGCUGUGACAGGCCGGGAUGCGCAGUACUGAUCUGGCUAAUUUUGUCAAAACGUAAUCACCAGAAGCAAGCCUCCAUUUCACAUCCUCAGCAUCAAUUUUCCCAUCUUUCUCACGCUAAUCGAAACGCAUCACAUGACCGCUCAUUUACCGCGCAAGCCCGAGCGCAAGCCCGAGCGCAAGCCCGAGCCCGUGUAAAAUGAUAUAAAUUAAGCCCGAACCCAACCGAACCCGUCGGAUCCCGUCAGGUUUCAUCGGGUUCGGGCAAAGAUCUUCAGCUCUACUUCUCUCCCCAUUUUGUCAAGGCAAGCAUAAAUGCAUGGGAUCUUUCACAUCUUGUGAUCAAAUGAAUACAAUAGGUGUGUUCGACUUAACGCAGCACUGCGCAGCGCGAUCAAAUUCUGACUUGAAGCAGUGUAUGCCGGUUAGAAAUUUUGUCCAACUUGCGGCGGCGCCGACGCCUCGUGACUGUCACGUGUAGCAUCAAAGUACCGCGAUAGCGAUUCGAGAGCAGCCGACGCAGUUUCUUCAGAGCGGCUGCAGGAGCUCUGAUGACCACAUGACUGUUUCACGAUUGGCCAGAUUCACCGCAUGACAACGAUCACGUGUGUUUUGGGUUUAUUCUAACAUCCUCAAGUCCGAUAAUGCUGACUAAUCUGUGUUUUUAGAACAAUAAAAGUGUUUUUACUGUAGUCGCAAUGUUAUAUUGAGUCAGAUCUAUUAUAAAACACUGAUAAAAGCAUAAAUAACCCCACUUUAUUAAUAUUUAAAUAGUAUGUUUAUGUUGAUCAUUAUUCUUGUUCAGAUGGCACUGUAUUAAGCAGUAUAUGAAACGUGUUUCUGUUGCUCAUGAAAACGCUUUUGAAAAGUCGGUGUAUUUGAUAAAUAUUGCAUUUAAUUCACUUCUUCUGUGAUAGAGCACGCAAACACCGCGAGAGCUUCACUAACGAGAGUAAAAUGUGUCCGUCUUGACAACUCCGUUUUCAACUCCGCCCUCGACUGCUCUCGGCUACUCUCGUUAAUCGCCGUCUGUAGCCGUAGAUGAAGUCGAACACACCUAAUAUGUUUGUUCAAUUUACAUAUAAAUGUGAGUAAGACUAGGGAAAACUACCAAAGAGAGACAAAUAUGGUAAGACAGUAGGUAGAAGACAGUAAGUAAUGCUGGUGACAGUGAAAAGGAAUCAAUAAAUUGAGAAGGGGAGGAAUUAAAAAAUGAUGUGUAAAAAGUGUAAUUGCAUUAACAAAUGAGUUGAAACAAGCAGAUGAUAUCAAGUAUGCAAAGGUUAUAUGUAAUAGUGAAGAACAGAUGAAUAAAAUGAUAAAAAUUAGAAUAGUAUGUAAGCAAUGAUUCUAAGUUGCAAUGAAAUUAUUUCACUUGUUAACAUGCAAAUCAAUUUAAAACUUUUUUUAAAAUGUGUUUUUUGAAUUUUUUGUUCUGUCUCUCACUGCUCAA